AAUGAAGCUACUUCCGGGCUGCUAGCGUUGGCCGGGUGACGGCACAAUUUAUUUUAUUCUAAUACAAUUUUCUACACAUGGUGUGACAUAUAUAUAUUUUUACAUUUAUUUAACGAACGAAGUCUCGGCGGCUUCAGUUCAUGUCUGGCGUCCCGACUCGUCUUGGGAGCGCGUGCGGCGGAAGAGAAGGUCUGGUUGAGUCCUGAGAGAAGCUCUGCCCGGAAGGGAAAAGCAAAUAUCCUAUAGCAUCUUGACACGUGUCUUCAGCUUUUGUGCUCAGCUUCAGCCUCCAGCUCUGAGUUCAUCCCUCGAGAUGAAGUUAAAGGAGGACAUAAACCCUCUGCUGCUGCAGGUCUUCCGCUCUGUUGCUUGGGUCUACUCCGUCAUCACCUACAUACCAUGGUACUUCCUCUCUGGGGCAGGCAGCAACCAAGAGCGCGCCAGCCGCAUCAAAGCGCUCUCAGUCAGCGGACACCCAUCGGGGCCUUACAGGGCCAUCAACAGUCAAGAAAAGCUGGUGGCAUGGUUCCACCCUGGCGUGGAUACACUGGAUAAAGUGUUUGAAUACGCUGUCAAGAGGUUUCCAACAAGAGACUGCCUGGGCACCCGAGAAGUGCUCAGUGAAGAGGAUGAAAUCCAACCCAAUGGCAAAGUCUUUAAGAAGGUAAUCCUGGGGAAGUACAACUGGCUCUCAUACGAAGAAGCGUUCCAUGCAGCCCAAUGUUUUGGUAGUGGGCUGGCUGCUCUCGGGCAGAAGCCUCAGUGCAACAUCGCCAUCUUCUGCGAAACCAGAGCUGAGUGGAUCUUGGCAGCGCAGGCCUGUUUCAUGUACAAUUUCCCUGUUGUCACCUUGUACGCCACCCUAGGACCAAAAGCAAUAACUCAUGGACUGAAUGAGACGGAGGUCACGCACAUAAUCACAAGCCGAGAUUUACUUCAGAGCCGCCUUAAGGCCAUACUGUGUGACAUUCCGAGGCUGCAGUAUGUCAUACUUGUUGACCGGAAGCCUUCAAGCUGGCCAGAUAUUCCCAGAGGCAUCACUGUCUACACCAUGGACACUGUGAAGGAAAUGGGACGUCAGCCUAACAACUUUGCAGUUGAGCGCACUAAGCCCAAGUCCUCUGACAUCGCCGUCAUCAUGUACACCAGUGGCUCCACAGGGAAUCCUAAAGGUGUCAUGAUCUCACAUGGGAACAUUGUUGCUGGCAUCACUGGAAUGGCUGAGAGAAUCCCUAAUCUCAAUGAAACAGACACCUACAUCGGCUACCUGCCAUUGGCUCAUGUUUUAGAGCUCAGCGCUGAACUGGUGUGCGUCUCAAAUGGCUGCCGCAUCGGCUACUCCUCCCCUCACACCCUCGCUGACCAGUCCACCAAGAUUAAAAAAGGCAGCAAAGGCGACACCAGUGUUCUAAAACCAACGCUAAUGGCGGCUGUUCCAGAAAUUAUGGAUCGAAUCUAUAAGAACGUGAUGACCAAAGUGGAGGGGAUGAGCAAAUUCCAGAAGACGCUGUUCGUGCUGGCGUACAACUACAAGAUGGAGCAGAUCUCCAAGGGCUACAGCACUCCUCUCUGUGACAGUUUGGUGUUCAAACGGGUCCGUGCUCUGCUAGGCGGUGAAACAAGGGUGCUGCUCUCAGGCGGUGCUCCACUCUCAGCAGCCACUCAACGCUUCAUGAACAUCUGCAUGUGCUGCCCAGUGGGUCAAGGCUAUGGUCUGACAGAGACCUGUGGGGCUGGCACCAUCAGCGAAGUUUGGGACUACAGUACGGGACGAGUGGGCGCUCCUUUAAUAUGCUCUGAGAUUUCACUUAAAAACUGGGAAGAAGGUGGCUACUAUAGUACUGAUAAACCAAACCCACGAGGGGAGAUCUUGCUCGGUGGGCCCAAUGUAACAAUGGGGUACUACAAAAACGAGUCCAAGAACAGGGAAGAUUUCUUUGUGGAUGAAAAGGGCCAAAGAUGGUUUUGCACUGGAGACAUUGGAGAGAUCCACCCGGACGGUUGCCUCAAGAUCAUCGAUCGCAAAAAAGACCUGGUCAAACUGCAAGCUGGCGAAUACGUCUCCCUUGGAAAAGUGGAAGCUGUUUUGAAAAACUGCCCACUCAUCGACAACAUCUGUGCCUACGCCAACAGUGACCAGUCCUACGUCAUCAGCUUUGUGGUGCCGAACCAGAAACAGCUGAUAGCCCUCGCUGAGCAAAUGCAGAUCAAGGCCUCGUGGGAGGAGCUCUGCAACCACCCCCAGAUUGAGAAGGAGGUCCUUCGCAUCAUCACUGAGGCGGCCGUGUCAGCAAAACUGGAGCGAUUUGAGAUCCCAAAGAAGAUCCGGCUAAGCGCUGAACCCUGGACCCCCGAGACUGGCCUGGUCACUGACGCGUUUAAACUGAAGCGCAGGGAGCUGAAAACGCACUACCAAGAAGACAUUGAGAGGAUGUAUGGUGGGAAAUAACACACACACACGCCCAAAAGAAAGAAAACACAUUGCCAAAAUUCCACACGUUCAAAAGAAUCUCAGAAGCCACUUUAAGGACUAUUCCACACUACACAGACUGAGCGGUUCAGUGGUAAGAACCGCAGAGGAAAAACAAAAGUUCCAGGUUGUAGCCAGAAGGUCGCCUGGGGCCGUCGGGAAUGAAGUGCAUGUUUUGCUCGUGCCUGCGCAGGUUUUGGAAGGGCAUCAACUCCACCGGCACAUGCGCGUCGUUCGUCUAUUUCUGCUGCUGCUGAUCAUCACUCUCUCACGGACUCUGGACCAAAAUCAACAGCCCUGUAUGUUUCACCAGCUAAACAAAAUGAAAAGCAUCAUCAAAUAAGUACAUUUUUGAAACCACAGUGUGGCUCAUUGGAUGUGGAAAACGGUGGUCGAAUACUUGAAUGAUAAAAUGUCCAAAUGUUCAGGAUCCAAAGACUGAAAUUUCAAUUUAGUCAUGGUUCUCUUAUUUAUAUUCACAAAAACAAGGAUGGGAAAAAUGAAAUGCUCUGUGGAGGAUGUGUAAUGUAACAAAAUAUUGGCACAUCUUGAUGUCACUGUAAACGUCAAUUUAUGCCAAUAAAUUAUAACAGUUGUGCUUUUAAGAUUUUUUUUUUUUUAAUUCUCCAUUUUUAUGUUUUUAUUGGGAAGUUGAGGCAUGUACUUUAGCAUGCUUUUCUUGUCUCCUCUAAGGUUUCUGUGCCCCACAUUUAUGUUUUGUUCCUUUUUUCGCCAUGCCGAAUGUAACAUCUUUCCAUAUCAGAGGAGCAUGUGAGGGCUGCGGGACCUUUAGUCCAGCGGUUAGCAACAUCCCGACACCUACAGUGCCCAACAAAAGUGUGGAAGAGAGAGACAGAGUGCAACAGUAAGAUCAGAACUUGUCUUUUUUUAUGUAUAUGUAUCAUAUACAUAUGCUCAUCUUUUUGUCUGCUCGGUCAAAAAAAGCACAAGCCCAACUCUCAAGCUGAAUGAAAGGUUAUGGUCAUUGUGGAUUCAUGCUGACUGUUUUCUGGUGAUGGAACAAAUUUCACCUGAAUUCAGUUUGUCAAAGUGAUGCCUAUGAGUCCUGUUGCACACAAGUGCAAGACCUAAAAGAUGGUCUUGUUGGGGUUAUUAGUUCUGUAUUAUUUAACUGGGAACCAUAUAAGAGGAAUCACUUUUGCGUGGCACUCUAUCCCCCUGUAUUCAUAAAGGAAAUCUGUUUACGUAUUACAGUUACUUUAGUGUGCAAACUUCUGUUUUGUAAAGCCCUUUUUUUGCUACUUCCUUUACCCCUUUUUAUGUAUUGAUAUGAACUGCAAACGAAUGUGCAAUAUUUAUACACAUUUUAAAGUGAUGUAAGGAAGGAAGACGCGCAGCAGUCUGUGGAUGCUUUUUAAAUAUCGCAGUAUGUAAACAUAGGAAAGCCAGACGCGGUAGAGAGACACUGAAGAUAACCAGAUGUAGCCCAUUCUAACCCACUGUAGAAGUAAAAAUAUCUGGCUGUUCAAUGACUUUUACGGAUUAAAUGCAUGUCAAAAAGUGUACUUGAAUAUUCAAAUGGGCAAAGCUGCUGUCGAAGAAGGCUUUUAGAAAAACACUCCCAUUUCAAUUACAUUUAUCCUUAGAUUUAUAGUAGCGUGACUUCAAACUGUGUAGAGACAAGUGAUAAAUUUCAGUUGAGCAUACAGAAUACUCAUCAUACUCUUGGGCAAAGUUGGGAAUCAUCCCCAAUUUCACUCCUUUAGAGUAAUAGCGUAAUCUGGGUCUGACUUUUUUGACUUGGCUCGGUAAAUAUAUUUAUAAAAUACAAGUAUUCGUGUCUACAAAAAUCUCUCAUGAAGAGAAAUUAGCUUUGAAUCAUAAGAUAUAAGAAGUUUUGUGUCAAGAGGAGGUUCAGAUUCUGCGCUCAAGUUCAGUCUUCUCUUGGUAUCGUACGCCUGUAUAUGAGGCAAACCUUAUCAAAAAUGUAGAGGGCAGCAUUCCCUUCGGUUUCAUUGUAACAUAUCCACUAUCUCUGACUAAAUCAUUUCAACACGAGGGGUAUAAAUAUUUUGGCCGAUUCCAUUUCACCUCGGCUUCAUGGACUGAUGGAUUGUUUGUGUGAAGACAAAUGUUUGUGAGAUGUGAAGAACCCACCAAGGUACAGUCAGGUUACACGUUUCCGAUGUCUGCUAUCUCAGUAUUUGUCGGGGUCCUAAAUAUAUUGAAUCCCUGAAGACCUCUUUUCUAUGACACGUAAACCUCCUAAAUACUCGGUAGCUUACUGUGCUGUUUGCUGCUUUUCCUCUGCCUGACUUUAGGCGGCUAGUUGCCUUCCAACACACAUGAGCUGUCCCCAGGGGUCAAUAGAAUAUCAAGCACUCCCCAUGUUUUUUGAUGGAACACAUGCUGCUGCGCUCCUUACUAACACCGAGGCAGAGCUCAGUCAUCGCCGCCUGCUGUAAAUAACUGGUAACAUAAAGAGAAGUAAGUGAUCAAAGCUCAGUAAAUAUGCCAUUAUUGUACAGCUGUUUACAGAUUUAACGUUUGUUACUGCAUUUUCCAUUUUCAUUUCCAGUCAGGGGUCAUCUCCUUUCUUCUCUGUGUUUUUAGCAUCCCCGCAAGACGGGUCUUUGCAAGUGUCUCCUUCUUUAUUUAUUUGUGAUUUGGCCUUGAAACUGUAAUAAAAUUCAGUUUGUGUUGAACAAACGUGACUUUCUCUUUCCUGAGC